AUGACGGCGGCCAAACGUCUCGCGGGUGCCCAAAUGACGCCAUCGUGCCUCCUCGUCCUGCUCCUGAUGAGUGGCAUUGCGUCUGUGUCGGCGCAGUUUAAUGGAUACAACUGUGAUGCCAACCACCACAGCAGGUUUCCUGGUGAGCGGGACAUCACCGUGUACUGCGGUGUGCAGACCAUCACGGUGAAGAUCAACUUCUGCCCGGUGCUGUUCUCCGGCUACACCGACACUGACCUGGCUCUCAAUGGUCACCAUGGCGACGCCCAGUGCCGCGGGUUCAUCAACAACAACACCUUCCCCACGGUUGUGCUGUUCAGCAUCGGCCUCAGCACCCUGGAAGCAUGCGGGAACAGCCUGGAGGUCAGCACAGCCUUCGGGCCCAACGCCUACGGGAACAUCUCUCUGGUACAAAUCGGGAACGUGUCGGGCUUUAUUGACACCCCUGACCCGCCGACUAUCAUCAGCUACCUCCCUGGUUUGUUGUACAAAUUCAGCUGCAUCUACCCACUUGAGUACCUGGUCAAUAAUUCACAGCUGGCAUCCUCCUCAGCAGCCAUAUCCGUCAAGGACAGCAAUGGCACGUUUGUGAGCACACUGAGUCUCGUGUUGUACAAUGAUUCAACGUACAACCAAAUGCUUUCCAUCCCCAUGGCUGGACUGGCUUUGAAAACCAGAGUGUUUGCUGCAGUCAAGGCCACAAACCUGGACAAACGUUGGAACAUCUUGAUGGACUACUGUUACACAACCCCCUCAGGGAAUCCUAAUGAUGAACUCCGCUACGACCUUUUCCUGGGCUGCUACAAAGACCCUCAGACCACUGUUUUCGAGAACGGAAAGAGUCAGAUGGGCCGCUUUUCCUUUGAAGUCUUCCGUUUUGUGAAACACCGGCACCAGAAGAUGUCCACGGUCUUCCUGCAUUGCGUCACCAAGCUGUGCAAGAGCGACGACUGCGUCAUGCUCAUGCCGAUUUGCGGUCGACGUCGAAGGCGGGACGAAGGGGCCAGCCUCGGUUCGCCUCCAGCCGCCAGUGGGAGUGCCAUCAUUAGCGCUGGACCAAUCAUCACCAGGAGUGAUGAUACUCCCGUCAACAGCACUCAACCUGUCCCAGGUGACCCCUCCCACCUGAUGAACCCAGUGACCACUGCGCUAAUCUCAGGUGUGAUCAUCCUGGGCGGGAUGAGCGUUGGCUUCGUAUUGCUGUCGCUGCGUCUCCUGCAGAAGUCACGCCUCCCGUCCUCUUCCUCAGCUGCUGGAGCCUCUGGAGCUUGGAACCCUGCUUUUAAAUGA